UCGGUUUUAUUAAUUUCGAUGGGUACUGCUCUUCGCGCUCCAAAAGUUGAGUAAUUUCAUCAGAGUCAUUCUAAAAUAAUUAAAAACAUGUAAUAAGUGUUGAUUUUUGCUUUUAAAAAAUUCAAUGUAUUAAAUGUGCGUGACGUGAGACACUCCCCCCUCAUUCCGAUUAACCAUCAGUCUAAUUGACUUAACCUCAAAUGUUUCAACUUUCAAAUUCUUUGUCUUUUCUUUGCGCAAAACCGGAACACUAAUCUUUGUAAUGUUUACUAAAAAAUCGCAAGUCACACAUCUACUUUAGUAAAAUGGCGAAUUCCGAGUUGGACCGUUUUUGCGGUUCCCCUUUUUGGAAUACCACACUCACAUGGAAUACGGCCGAUCCCGAUUUUACAAAGUGCUUCGAAAAGACAGUAUUAGUGUGGGUACCCUGUGUGUUUCUCUGGACCUUUUCAAGUUUAGAAGUUUACUACAUUUUAAAUAGCCAAAACAGGAAAAUACCGUGGAAUUUUUUAAAUAUCACGAAAUUUCUCAUAACGUUAGUGUUGGUGAUAGUGUCUGUCGUCGAUUUUGGGGUUGCAGUGCACUAUGCAAAAGAUGAACAAUACAGUAUACACAAAGUUGAUGUCUACAGUCCGAUAAUUAGGAUUUUAACUUACGCACUUUCGGCACUUAUCUUAAUAUACUAUUGUAAAAAUGGCCUUCGUACUUCGGGUACCCAGUUUAUAUUUUGGUUUCUUAAUGCAAUAUGUGCAAUACCUCAACUUCGUACUGAAAUAUUGGGUACAUCGUCAGAGUCGCUUGUCCCACAGUAUUUUUACGUUAGCUACUUAAUAUAUUUUCCGUUGGUUGUUAUAAUGGUGCUAUUAAAUUGUUUCGCCGACAAGGAACCGGAAGUCACGAAUUAUCCCAAAUCAGAGAAACCUUGUCCAGAGGAGAGCGCAAGUUUCCUCUCUCGCAUGUUUUAUCGCUGGUUUGAUUCGAUGGCAUGGAGAGGCUUUCGUAAUCCGCUGACUACUGCCGAUUUAUGGGAUUUAAAGCAUGAGGAUACGGCAAAAGAAGUUUUUCCCAUUUUCGAUAAAUACUGGCAGAAAAGUCUCAGUCAAUCUUCAAGUCGUCCUCCGUACCCUCACGCAGAAUAUAAAACUGAUUCUGUUCAUGUGGAAUUUAUUAGGAGGUCGAAAGCUAAACAGGCCUCUGUGUUACCGGCAUUGAUUAAGACGAUCGGGCCCACGUUUCUCUUUGGCGCCAUCUUGAAACUUAUUCAAGACAUAUUAACGUUUGUAAGUCCGCAAAUUCUCAAUUUACUCAUCGCCUUUGUGGAGGGAGGCGAGCCACAGUGGAGGGGUUUCUUGUACGUCGGCCUUUUGUUCCUGACGGCGUGCGUUCAAACGCUCGUUCUUGCUCAAUAUUUCCAUCGCAUGUUUGUGGUUGGAAUUCGAGUUCGCACGGCGCUUAUAUCGGCAAUCUACAGAAAGGCGUUAAAAAUGUCGAACGCCGCAAGAAAGGAAAGUACCGUAGGGGAAAUUGUCAAUCUAAUGUCCGUCGAUGCCCAGAAAUUUAUAGAACUGACACCGUACAUUAACAUGAUUUGGUCGGCACCAUUACAAAUCAUCUUGGCACUCUACUUUCUGUGGCAAGUGCUCGGGGCGUCAGUCUUAGCUGGCUUGGCCGUGAUGAUAAUUUUGAUACCCAUCAACGGUCUUAUCGCGAAUCGUGGCAAGGUACUGCAAAUACGACAGAUGAAGAAUAAGGACGAACGGGUGAAGCUGAUGAACGAGGUCCUCAGCGGUAUCAAGGUGCUGAAGCUGUACGCGUGGGAGCCCAGUUUUGAAGCGCAGGUUUUAAAAAUCCGUAACAAGGAAAUCAAGGUUUUAAAACAAGCCGCUUAUUUGAAUGCAGGUACUUCAUUUAUAUGGUCGUGUGCGCCAUUUGUGGUUUCGCUGGUGUCUUUUGGCACUUAUGUACUGGUUGAUGACUCUCACGUGCUUGAUGCCAAGACUGCCUUUGUUUCAUUGUCUCUCUUUAAUGUGCUGCGAUUUCCAUUGAGCAUGUUACCCAUGAUGAUCUCCAAUGUGGUGCAAACUUUUGUGUCUAUCAAACGUUUGAAUAAGUUUAUGAACUGUGAAGAACUUGAUGUAAAUAAUGUUACGCACGAUCCGAAAGAAAGUAAGCAAUUUUUUCGUUACACUAAAGUUAAUUGUGUGAUUCCAGAGGUUCCAAUAUUAAUAGAAAAUGGGAUAUUUGGCUGGGGCGAAGAGCCAAUUUUAAAGAAUAUCAAUAUACAGCUUGAAAGAGGAUGUCUGACUGCAGUCGUCGGGAGUGUCGGAUCAGGUAAAAGCAGUCUGAUCUCGGCACUGUUAGGUGAGAUGGAAAAAAUAUCUGGGAGGGUAAACACCGUUGGAUCCGUCGCGUAUGUCUCCCAACAGGCUUGGAUUCAAAAUGCGACUUUACAACAAAAUAUUCUAUUUGGUAAAACAGUCGAUAAAAAAGUGUAUGACAAUGUCAUUGGAGCGUGCGCUCUCAAACCAGACUUUGAGAUGCUACCGGCCGGCGACCAAACAGAAAUUGGCGAAAAGGGAAUCAAUUUGUCAGGGGGUCAGAAGCAACGUGUGAGUUUAGCUAGAGCGGUUUAUUCAAAUUCAGAUAUUUAUCUUCUGGACGAUCCCUUAAGCGCCGUUGAUAGUCACGUGGGUAAACACAUCUUUGAACAAGUUGUCGGACCCGAUGGUCUUUUAAAAAAUAGCACAAGAUUACUUGUAACACACGGCAUUACCUACUUACCUAUGGUCGAUAAAAUAAUUGUUCUUAAAGAUGGGGAAGUAUCAGAAGUGGGAACUUAUCAAGAACUUCUCGAUAAAAAGGGCGCUUUUGCUGAAUUUAUCAUACAACAUUUGAACGAAGUGGUUAAUGAUGAGAAUGAAGAGCAAUUGGAUGAGUUGAAACAACAAUUGAGCGGAACUGUGGUAUCGGACGAGUUUUCGAGACAAUUAAGCAGGCACAUUUCACGUAUAUCGGAGUCGUUCUCUGAAACUGGCUCAGAGAAGGCGAACGGUUCACUACAACGCCAAAAGUCUAUUGACAGCAGAGAGGAAAAAGGGUUAACGCGUCGAACAAGUUCGUUAGACGCGGCGAAAAAACCCGUCGUGGGCGAGAAACUAAUUGAAGCGGAAAAGGCGGAAACGGGCAGCGUAAAAUGGGCGGUGUACACUCAUUACUUAAAGUCGAUCGGAAUAUUUUUGACCGUUUCUACUAUUGUACUUAAUAUUUUAUUUCAAUUCUUUACUGUGGGAUCAAAUUUGUGGUUGACGGAAUGGUCAAAUAGCAAAAAUGUUUCAACACAUCAACGGGACAUGUAUCUUGGUGUGUACGGUGCUUUAGGAUUAGGUCAAGUUUUCUCACUUUUACUAUCGACCUUGGCGUUAUUCAUUGGUUGUUUGCGUGGAGCCCAGUUGUUGCACAAUUUGUUGCUUUCGAAUGUAUUGAGAGCUCCUGGAAGUACAUUUUUUGAUGUAACGCCCAUCGGUCGAAUUUUAAAUAGAUUUUCAAAAGAUAUCGAAACAGUGGAUAUAGUUUUACCGAUGACAUUUCGUGGAUUUGUUAAUAUGUUAUGUUCGGUGCUAGCAACUCUUUUCGUUAUCAGUUAUACUACACCCAUAUUCAUUGCCGUAAUACUGCCGAUUGGAAUUGUUUAUUACUUAGUACAAAGAUUUUACGUCGCCACAUCUCGUCAAUUAAAACGACUGGAGUCCGUCUCUCGUUCGCCAAUUUACUCACAUUUUGGAGAAACUGUAACUGGUGCCUCUGCAAUUAGGGCGUAUGGACAAGUGCAGAGAUUUGUUAAUGAAUCUGAGGCGAGAGUCGACUUUAAUCAAGUUUGUUAUUUCCCGAGUAUAAUAGCGAAUCGGUGGUUGGCUGUUCGAUUGGAGAUGGUUGGGAAUUUGAUAAUACUAUUUGCCGCCCUCUUCUCCGUUUUGAGCAAGGAUCAGAACUCCGGCCUGGUUGGCUUAUCGGUCACUUAUGCUCUUCAGAUUACUCAAACGCUAAACUGGCUGGUGCGUAUGACUUCGGAUGUGGAAACAAAUAUUGUGGCAGUGGAACGUAUCAAGGAGUAUGGAGAAACGCCUCAAGAAGCUCCCUGGGACAUUCCGAAUGCCAAACCUGCUGAAUCGUGGCCCAGUGUGGGUAUGGUUAGUUUUAAAAACUUUGCGGUGCGUUACAGGCCCGGCUUGGACUUGGUUCUGAAGGGAAUUAACUUUACUGUUAAAGGAGGGGAGAAAGUGGGAAUUGUCGGCCGUACUGGAGCCGGCAAAUCAAGUCUCACACUUUCUUUAUUUAGAAUAAUUGAAGCUGCGCAAGGUGAAAUUAUAAUUGAUGACGUCAACAUCUCCAAAAUUGGGCUUCACGCGUUAAGAUCUCGCCUCACGAUUAUACCUCAAGAUGCCGUGUUGUUCUCUGGUAGUCUGCGAAUGAACUUGGAUCCAUUUAACAACCAUCAGGACCAGGAUGUUUGGCGAUCGCUCGAACACGCGCAUCUCAAGGAGUUUGUUAAAGGGUUGCCAUCUGGCUUAAAUCAUGAGGUAACCGAGGGCGGAGAAAACCUUUCCGUAGGCCAGAGGCAACUGAUUUGUCUGAGUAGGGCGUUGCUGCGCAAAACCAAAGUACUGGUUCUUGACGAGGCGACCGCCGCCGUUGAUCUCGAAACGGACGACUUAAUCCAAAGGACAAUUAGAAAUGAAUUUCGUGAUUGUACAGUUCUUACAAUAGCGCAUAGAUUAAACACAAUUAUGGAUUCGGAUAGAGUAAUUGUUUUAGACAAAGGUGAUAUUGUAGAAUUCGACUCUCCCAGUAAUCUUUUACAGAACAAACAUUCUAUUUUCUACGGAAUGGCAAAGGAUGCAGGUUUAGUUUAAAAACCUACGCUUUAUUAGGUAUAAAUUCACUGAUGAGAAUGUGAUGUUUCCUUAAACGUAAAUAUUAAGUUUAGCACAGUAAGAUUUUAGUUCAUACAUAACGUAUUCCUUUGCCAUAAAUUGUAUUAAACACAGUUUGUACUUAAGAGUUUUUACAUGAACAAUUAGUUUUUUAUGUACCACUUCUGUUCACUUUUAUACUGUAUCAAAAUUAAAAAUACAGUUGUUUUUUUUAA